GUGGACCUGGAGCCUGGGGACUUGAUUGAGAUCUUCCGGACGGGAUACCAACACUGGGCAGUCUACGUGGGUUUGGGCAACGUUAUCCACCUGGCUCUGCCAACCGAAUAUGCAGAGGCUGGAGCUGCCAGUGUCAAGUCGCUCUGGCCCAACACAGCAAUAGUGAAGAAGGAACAGCUGUCCAGCGUGGUAGGGAAAGAUCGCUACCGUGUGAACAACAAGCAUGACUCCAAAUAUCCUGCCCGGACUCCAGAUCAGAUCAUCUCUUUUGCGGAGAAGCUGGAGGGCAAAACAAUAAAAUAUAAAAUCACUACCCAGAAUUGUGAGCAUUUUUGCAACAGCCUGCGCUACAAUGUGGCUCGGAGCGAUCAAGUGAGUGGCGAACGUAGCAUUUCUUACAACCGGUUCACCCAAACCAUCCCGAACCGGUAGAACACUACCACGGGGAUUAACUUCUUCUCCCAAACACCUGAGGUCAGGACAGCUAGUAACCGGUGGAAGAUCAUUAAAGAGAGAUUUCAUCCUGGAAUUAAGGAGUUCAUCCUGGAAUUCCUGAGUGAGAGAACAGAGGGGGGGGGGUUGGACUAGAUGGCCUACAAGGUCCCUUCCAACUCUGAUUAUC